GUCUGCGUCGAGGGCGGAGGCAUGCUCGCGCUGUCGAGCUACAUCCUGCCGUUAACACUCUUCAAAGACGAAUUUUACGAGGAGGAGGUUACAUGGGGUUGUUCGACCCUCGAGCAGGCUGCUAUCAUUUGGGGUAUCCCUUUGGCGGUGGUGGUCACCAUUUUGUUCGGACAGGCCUUGGGGUUGGUAGUGAUGCGACGAUGGCUGGAGGAGUGGUCUAUUAUCUUGCAGGAUGUCUCUGUCAAAAGGGCACUCACCUCAAGCGCGACGGGUCUACCAUUAACGAUUGUGGCGAGCAUUGCUGUCUACCAAUUCGUCGACUUCUUCAAGAGCUAGUGAUGUGUUCGACAAUGUAAAUUUCCCGAUACUCACAUGUGAAUACCAUUCUAUGCUCACAAUACGACAGCUAAUUGCUUCUCAGUGCCCCAGAUCGUAUUGAGGACGAUAGACGGCACGUAAGGCGAG